AUGCGUCGUCUUUUUCUGGGAGUUUCUUGUUUGGAGGCACUUGCUCCCACCCCGUCAUCGCUUCUCCUUCCCCACCACCUGUUGCCUCACCCUCCCACCCACCUCGUCAUCGCCUCUCCCUCCCACCUUUCCAUCGCUGCUCCCUCCCACCCUGCCAUCCACUUUCCAUUCCACCCCGCCAUCCCCUCUCCCUCCCACCGUGCCGUCGCCGCUCCCUCCCUCCCCCGUCGCCUCUCCGUUCCUCCCGCCGUCGCCUCUCCCUCCUCCCCGCCGUCGCCUCUCCCUCCCUCCUCCCCGCCGUCGCCUCUCCCUCCUCCCCGCCGUCGCCUCUCCCUCCUCCCCGCCGUCGCCUCUCCCUCCUCCCCGCCGUCGCCUCUCCCUCCUCCCCGCCGUCGCCUCUCCCUCCUCCCCGCCGUCGCCUCUCCCUCCCACCCCGUAGUCGCCUCCGGCGACAGGUGCACGGGCGCAACCGCGAGUUGGUGCGCGGGCGCGGGUUGGUGCGAGAGCGUGGGUUGGUUUCUGGCACCGUGGUUAUCAGGUGUGUUCCCGGUCCUUUCAUCCUCCCUCCCCCUCUGA